AUGCCUUUCUCAUCAUCACACCUUCUCACUUGCACAAUAAUUUAUUCCCGUCGUGACACCAAACAAAUACUGUCAAUUCGCCCCUACCUGAUUCGGGAUCGCAUUCCUCAAGUCGGUAUCCCAGUACGAUACUACGUCGGCGCUGUGAGGAUGUUCAAGCAGCGAUCCCACGACACUCAUCACGACACUCAUCGCCCGCAAAUCACAUCAAACCCGAACCAGUAUACGAUCGCUCUUUUUGGUGACAGUCUCUUUGAGCGCUUCAAGACCACCGGUAGCAAUCUUCCUAUAAACAACAAUCCAUUGAUCUUGAAUCUAGGCGUUGGUGGCGACAAGGUCCUGAAUGUGCAAUACCGUAUCGACCAAGGCCUUUUGCGCAACCUGCAGAACAACCAGCCCAAUCUCAAACUCAUGUAUAUUCAUAUGGGGAGCAACAAUCUCAAGAAAUAUGGCCUUCGAAAGAUUGAUGCGGAUGGGUACGCGACUGUGAUCAAGAACAUACGAGAUGCGCUCCCGAACGUCAAGAUUGUUAUCACUGCGUUGUUCAAGCAACGUGGUCUAGCGGACGAAAUUAUCGACGAGGCGAACCAGAUGCUUCGCGACGUAGCAUUCCAGAACCAUACUGAUUUCUUGCCUUUUGGAGACGACCAGGAGGGCAUAAUGAGCCAGGACAACGUCCAUUUGAAUGGGUUUGGGUAUGCCAAGUGGAACGCGAUCUUGGAGACGGACAUGGCAAGUAGGUAA